UUGUUGCUGUUGCCAUGAGGACGGCUGAGUUGUAGAGGGAACCGAGCUGCACCAUCACGCUUCCUCGGGAGUUUAUAUUCUCGCAAUGGGGAGGAGGAGGAGGAGGAGGAGGAGGAGGAUGAAGCUUUCUUGUUGCUCCUUGAUUGUUUGCUCUCUCUCGAACUGCUUGUUUUACUUGGAUGCAGUGACUGAAUCAUCUCUGCGAAUGUUCGCCACAGACAACAAUGGCAAGGAGGCACAUUAGCAUUUGAAAAGUGAGCGAUCCGAAUGAAAAGCCCUUCGUUUUGAAGAAAAGGCAGGUCUCCAGAUGUUUAAGGGGACUGCAGCCCACCUAUGUCUGUACUGGAGAGCUGUCUACCUGCUGGCCGCAGGGGUGGCGUUGCCGUCUGAAACGCUCUGGCUGUGUCCGCCGCCCUGCCGCUGCAAUGCCGGCGUCCUGGAGGCAAACUGCUCCUACGCUCAGCUCAGCGCCGCGCCCGACGGUCUCCCCCCGGACGCCAAGCUGCUCAACCUAACCCACAACGCCAUCAAGACUCUGGUGAAUCAGCAGUUCGGCACGCUAACGCAGCUUUUGCACCUCGACUUAAGUGACAAUCUUUUGGCGUUGGUUGAAGCCGAGGCCUUCCUCAGCCUGCAAAGCCUGCUGACGCUGAAUCUUUCUCGCAAUCACCUCAGGAUCAUUUCAGUGGGCGUGUUCGCCGGUUUGACGAACCUGCAGUUGCUGGACAUAAGCAGCAAUCGCAUCCUUGUACUCUUAGACUUUACUUUCAGGGACUUGGCGUCUCUGCAGGUUUUCCUAGCGGACGACAACGACUUUGUUUUCAUCUCUCCUCAAGCCUUCAGCGGACUGAGCGGCCUGCAGAGGCUGGACCUCGACGGCUGCAACCUCACUGCUGUGCCCACUGAGGCGCUCGCUCAGCUGAGUGAUUUGAAAAGCCUCCACAUUCACCAGCUGGCCCUCAACAUGCUGCCAAGCUACUCUUUUCCUCCUCUGCUGCACCUAAAGGAGCUUGUCAUCGCGCGUUUCCCCAGGCUGGAGACUCUGUCGGGAAACAGUCUCUUCGACCUCAAUCUAACGUCCUUAUCCGUCAAACACUGCAACCUUAAUGAGGUCCCUUACACCGCCUUGCAUCACCUCGUGUACCUCGUGUCCAUCGACCUGUCUUUCAACCCCAUCACCUGCAUUCACGGGAACCUGCUCGGAGACCUACUCCGACUCGAAGAGUUUCAUCUGGUUGGCGGCUCGCUGGUGAACAUAGAAUUCGGAGCGUUUAAAGGUUUGCGAUAUCUAAGGUUGCUGAACGUUUCAGGAAAUCUCCUCACCACCCUCGAGGUGGGAUCCUUUGAUUCGGCGGACACCUUAAAAAGCCUGGGGCUCGAGGACAACCCCCUUGCCUGUGACUGCCGUCUGCUUUGGGUGGCUCGGAGACAGCAGUAUGUGAACUUUGGCGGGCGUCCGCCGACCUGCACCACCUCCCCCCAGCUGCAGGGCUGGAACAUCCUGGAGUUCUCCGAGGUUGACCUGCUGAACCUGCUUACCUGCCGAAGGGCUCGAAUCGUAGACCGCAGGUCCCAAGAUGUGAGGGUUGAUCAAGGACACUCGGUGGCGUUUUACUGCAGCGCCCAAGGUGAACCCCAGCCAUCUGUCGCCUGGCUUAAUCCGCAGCUAAGGCAGGUUUCGCCUGCUGGCAGGAUACGGGCCCUCUCCAACGGCUCCCUGGAGGUCCGCUACGCUCAGCCACACGAUAGCGGCGCUUAUAUCUGCGUGGCGUCCAAUGCGGCAGGAAAUGAAAGCCUGCGUGUCAGCCUUCAUGUGCGAGCCUUGCCGUCCCCUCCUAAGAAACACUUUCGUCUUAAAGGCUGGCCGGCCUUUCCUUCCUCUCCCCCAGCAGCGGGUGGCGAUGAGAAGCUCACGUUCGACAUCAAGACUCUCCUGAUAGCGGCGACGAUCGGGUUCCUCUCGUUCUUCGGCUCGGUGUCGGUGUGCUUCGUUUUCAUGUUCUUCUGGAGCAAAGGGAAGGGGCGAAUCAAGCACACGGCGACGAUCGCCUACGUGCCACGCAGCGCCAUGUCCAACAGCAACACGGGGACGUCGAACUACAUGGAGACGAGCAGGUUCACCAUGAAGCUCAUAUGAGUCAGUUUUUGAUUUUGGCUCAAAACCAAGCUGGCUUUUUGAAUUUUAUGCAUGAACAUGUUACCGUUUAAUAACUGCGAUCCCCUUCUAGCAGGUUUUGAUGGGGUAAAUGAAUACAUACAUGUAAUGUUCCAGGGUUUCAAGUUGUGUGUUCGAAAAAAAAAAAAAUCGACAUUGACUGGGAUUAUUUUGAUGCUUGUUUUCUUGAGAAGAAACAGUUUGCACUUCAGCUCUAACUGGGCAUCACAUGAACAAAAUGUGGACAGAUUAAGAUAUAAAAGCAAGAGAUGCACCAAUCUGAUUUUUUUUUUUUCUGGACAAAGCCAUUUUCUGGUUUGCUUUCAGGCCUGAGCUGCAUUUUCGGAUUUAAUAGAUUUUAUUUUAUUUCCUUGAGGAUUACAACAUCUAAAAAAAAUGAAGAAAAUUCUGUGCAGCAGGUUUUUUUUCUUUUUUUUUUUUGUAGAGGGUGAGUUUUAAAAUUGCACAGUAUCAGACUGAAUUACAAGACUACCAGUGUAUCUAAGCAACAGCAAUUAUUUAAUAAAAUCAAAAAUGUUGAAAAUGUAUGAGUAUAUCCCGCAGAGACAAUUAUAAGUAUGAGGGACUUUGUUAUCGGCAUCAAUAAACGUCCAAAAAACAUUUAAACCAGUAAAAGAAUUACUUACCCUGCAGAAAGGUUAUGUUUUAAAAUCGUUUUGUCGCUACAUUCCAGAACUAAAUUCGACAGAAACAUUUGAUGUACUCCCAGUCAGACAGAUUUAAAGGCGUUUUGCAAGGUAGAUUAGCUAAAUACUGCCGAGUCAAAGAAGUGGGAUGCUGACUCCUGCCAAAGAACACUGAAUGCUAAAUCUAUAUUAAAAGUUGUUUAAGCAAAAAAAUAAAAUAACCAGGCCGUUGGAGCUUG